AUGGUUAAAAUCGGAAGCCGAAUCCCAAGAAUGUUUAAUUGGAGAACAGUGAACCAAAAGCCAUCAGUUAACUACUUGAUGUUGGGCAUGUUUAAGGACGGUGAGGACAUUCUUAAAUUCAACAACAUUGUUCCAACUAUGUUAGAGGUUGAGAAGCUUGGUCUGCGUCCAUACAUGGUCAACAGACCUGCACCACCACCUCAAAUACACCAAGAGGAAAAUGAAUAUGCAGAUUUUACCACAACACCUCCCCAUGUUGCUGUUGCCAAGAAAACUCAAAAGAACGAUGCUUCAAAAUCUCUACUGCACAAGAAGCCUAGGAAGAUGUCAACGGCAGCAUUGCUUGUUCAGAACUCACCAACCACAAUCCCAAAAAAUUCUACAGUUGGACAAUCAUCUACAAAAUCUGCUUCGGUGGUAGAUAAGUCGGUUCAAUCAAAGGGAAAAGAAAAAACUGCUCCAAGUGUCCAUCGCGUUCCUGUUGACGACGUGCUUGCUGAAUUCAAGGAUGUUUCUACUGAGCUCAAGGAUCUUCGCAAAGUUAUUGAUGAAAACUUUGAAAAGGUUUUGGAACAUGUCAAAGGGAAACAAAAUUCAGAAAAGGUUGAUGACAACGAAACUCAUGUUCUUUUACCUGAUGGCAACAUACAUCAAGAAGUUGAUGAUUACAUGGACCAUGGUGACGACAUUCACAUGGAGACUGAUACGGGUGAUGUGCAUCCAACAGAGGAAAAGGGCCUUGCACCGGAUAUUCAAGUUGGUAUUGGCAAUGAGAGCGGCGAUACGCUGAAAGCUUCAACCGAAGAGAUUGCGGAAGGAGAUGAUCUUUCAGGAGAACCGAAGACUUCGGUUGAACGUCCGGCUGAUCCAACAGAGAUUCAUGUAUUUUAUAGACUUUUGGCCUGUGUUUUUUAUACGGAAAAGGGUCUUGCACCGGAUAUUCAAGUUGGUAUUGGCAAUGAGAGCGACGAUACAAUGAAAGCUUCAACCGAAGAGAUUGCGGAAGGAGGUGAUCUUUCAGGAGAACCUAAGACUUCGGUUGAACGUCCGACUGAUCAAAUAGGGAAACAUCCUGUGGAAGAGCAAAAAUGUUCUGAUGAUUCAAAUAAUUCUGAGGUGAUCGCACAGGUGCUAGCAAAUAUAGUAGAAUCAGAAAUGGCUAAUGAACAAGUUCAAGAGGAAAAAACCGAGGAAAACACCAGCUCAACUGUCUUAGAGGAACCCCAGGCAGCAGUUUGUAAUGCGCAGCCGUUGUCUCAGUGGUUGUUGCCUGAUGAGUAUUUACCAAGCCAAACCCCAGGGAAAGAAAUCAUGUCACAUACAUCAGUCCCGCGAGCUACACACCCCAGUAGUAGUUCGGGAAAGGAUCAUGUUCAUGUGUUUGAUAAAAAAUAUCCAUUCCAGCAAGAUCUCAUGACCGGUCCACUUGAUGUACAGAUUGUGGAUGAAUACCGUAUUUGGCUUCAAAACGGUCUGCUUGUGAGAAACAAUUACGAAGACCAUUACAAAAAACAAAUGGCAGUUUUUGACAGUGGAGUCAAAUUUAAUUUUGGCAUCACAACUGUCAAUGAUAAGAACUGGUUUUACCUGUUAUCGAUGGAUGGUCAGCGCAUUGACGUCAUUUUCUAUUACUUUCGGAAAAAAGGAAAGUAUGAUAAAAGGAACAAUUUCAGCUUCACCACUGUUGACUGCCUAUUCAAGCAGAGAAUUGAUGUGGUCCACCACACAUAUCACAAUGUUGAAACCCAGACAAACGUGGAAAAUGAAGAGCAAGUAUUGAUUGAGUAUGUUAAGGGCCAUAGACUUAUUGCCAAUGUCCCGUGGCAUACAGUUGACAAUGUGCUAAUACCGGUGAAUAUAAAAGAAGAAAAUCAUUGGUUAUUAGUACUCCUUUCAUUCCAGGACAUGUAUUUUUUAUGA